AUGGAUCAGAUGGAGCGCCUCCGCAAGCAGCUGCCGGAGACCCCUCCCGUCUCGCCGCCCACCGGCUUUGCUGGCCAGAAUGGCUUCAGCACGCCGCUCUUCCCGGAGAAGCCCAACAUCCUGUACAUCAUGGCCGACCAGCUGGCGGCGCCCCAGCUCAAAAUCUACAACAAGGACUCCCAGAUCAAGACGCCCCACCUCGACAAACUUGCUGAGCGUUCCGUGGUAUUCGACUCGGCGUACUGCAACUCGCCGCUCUGCGCUCCCAGCCGUAUGGCCAUGAUCACAGGCCAGCUGCCGUCCAGAAUUGGUGCAUAUGACAACGCCUCUCCCAUCUCCGAGGACACUCCAACCUACGCGCACUACCUCCGCAAUGAAGGCUACGAGUGCGUGUUGGGCGGAAAGAUGCAUUUCAUUGGCGACCAGCUCCACGGAUAUGAGUAUCGACUCACUGCCGACAUCUAUCCCGCUGAUCUAGGCUGGUCUGUCAACUGGGACGAGCCAGAUACUCGUCUUGAGUGGUACCACAACAGCUCAUCCAUCCUUCAGGCCGGGCCUUGCAUUCGGAGCAACCAGCUGGACUACGACGAAGAGGUCAUGUACAAGUCCAAGCAAUUUCUGUACGAUCACGUCCGCAAGCCGCCGGGUAGCCGACCUUUCUGCUUGACCGUCUCCCUGACCCAUCCUCACGAUCCAUACACGAUCGAACACAAAUACUGGGACAUGUACGAGGAUGUGGACAUCGACAUGCCCAAGGUCCAGAUUCCCAAAGACCAGUUGGAUGCACACAGCAAGCGUCUGCAGCACGUAGUCGACCUCGAGGACUACGACUUCACUCCGGAGCAGAUCAAGCGGGCCAAGCGUGCGUACUACGGAUCUGUCAGCUACGUCGACGACAACAUUGGCAAGCUCAUGCAGACCCUCGAGCAAUGCGGUCUCGCGGAUAACACCAUUGUCAUCUUCUCUGGCGAUCACGGAGACAUGCUGGGCGAGCGUGGCCUGUGGUACAAGAUGUCCUACUAUGAAUCGUCAGUGCGAGUGCCGAUGCUCUUCAGCUACCCCAAACAGUGGGCGCCACACCGUGUGCCGCAGAGUGUGAGCACCCUCGACAUCCUUCCCACGCUGGUAGACCUCGUUGGCUCCAAGCUGAUUCCAAAUCUACCCAUGGACGGCGUUUCCAUCAUGCCUCAUCUGAAGGGUCACCACACUCAUGACAAUGUCUUUGCUGAGUACAUGGGCGAAGGCACCAUUGCACCGAUGAUGAUGAUCCGUCGCGGACCGUGGAAGUACAUCACCUGCCCAGCCGACCCCGAUCUCUUCUACAACCUAGCCGAGGACCCCGACGAGCUGAACAAUCUGGCUACCAGCACUGAUUCCGAGACGAAGAAGGUGUACGAUGCUUUCGUCGCCGAAGCCAGAGCGAAAUGGGACAUGGACGCCAUCACGCAGGACGUGCUCAAGCGCCAACGCCAGCGACGUUUCUGCUUCUCGGCGCUGAGGCAAGGCCAGUGGACCAGCUGGGACUACAGCGUGCCCGACAACAGCCAGGACAAGUACAUUCGCAGUCACAUGGACCUCGACGACUUGGAACGCCGAGCGCGAUUCCCCAUUGUCGACGCGCACGGCAACGUCAAGAAGCCUAGUCCUCCUGGCAAGCAAGGCAUCUUUUCGCUCCCACAUCAAGCCGGCGCGCUCGGUCAGUAG